CGUGUCUUGUAGCUGCCCUUUAACUUUGGGAGGUUCGCGGGAAAAUAUCACCGAACUUCUUAGAAUCUUUGUCCUCCGAUACGUACCGUCGAUGACCCGCGACCAGGCUAGCAGCAGCAGCAAUAUCGAGGAAGAUUUUGAUGAGAUAACACGACAAAUUCGGGCACUUCAGUCUUCGCAGGACGAAUUGUCCCGCUCAAUCCGGAAUCUCCAGGUCCGCGCUGCUCGCAGACAGAAUGAGAAGGCAGCGGUGUCACGUAUCCCCUCUGAUGUCCUCUCGAUGAUAUUCGAAGAGUGCCGUCAACUCAAUCCACAAUGGUCUGGCGUUCUCUUCCUUCUCCACCAGUCGCCCGUUGAGGUACGACUGUCUCAUGUAUCCAGUCAUUGGCGUGAGGUAGCCCUCACCUCACCUUCCCUUUGGUCCUCUAUUCACUACCCAUUCGCACAUAAAGAGGGUUCGCUCAUGGAAUAUUUGAAGAGGUCAGAUGGGUCACUUCUCGACGUAUACAUUGGCCCAUGGAGACAGCACCCUCAGAUUGAGCGCGUUUUGACCAACAUUAUCUUACCACACCUUCCUCGUUUCAGACAGUUGGUUCUUGACGCAAUUUCGCGGGAGACUUUGGCGUCGCUCCUCGCAAUGUUCCAGAACGUGUCUGCCCCUGCUCUGACACGGCUGCGAGUGAUGUGCAGAGGACCAAUGUCGGCUGCAGGUCCCAUCGCUUCUGCGAAACUCUUCACCAAGGGUGCCCCUUUGCUAUCUGAUGUUAGGCUCGACAGUGUUGCGGUCAUCCUGCCCAAAACAGAAGCAAGAACACUCCAUUUUUGCCCGCCACCAGGGCCACCCUUCCCGCUCACACGUGAUGAACUCUUCCGAGCAGUGUCAGCCUUCCCAUCCCUCCACAGGCUCCAUGUGAAAUCGGCUAUAGAGCUGAAUAGUCUAACCCCUGUUUCGCUUAUCCACUUGCCCUCAUUGAGGGAAUUAGUGGUGCAUGGCCUCGCCGUGUCAACGGGCAUACGUAUAUUUGACGUGAUAUCCGCUCCAAAUAUCGAGAGCCUCUACCUCGUGGAUAUGAAUUGCUCCGCAGUGUCUGCGAUUCACAAAGUCAUGACACGGUCUUAUCCGGAUGCGUUCCAGUCCUUGCGGGUGCUACGGUAUAUUAGGUGCGAGUUCAGCGAGGACAUGGACAUUCAUUUCCUUCGCGCAACCCCUCGUAUCUCCGAACUCCUCAUACCCGUCGAUAAAACAAAUUACCUGAUCCGCAUGCUCGUGAACAGUGACAAGCAAGCGGGCAUUCACGGCUGUGCACCCCUGUGGCCAGAGUUGCGCACUGUUACCCUACACACACCCGGGUACUGCGCGCAGGUGGUUGGUGCCGGUGGUGUCCCGGACGACGAGCCUUCGCCUACGAUGAAUCUCCUUCAGGAGCUGGUCGCAGGGCGUAAGAUGUUGGGCAGGCCGCUGAGCAAGCUCCGCUUUAAAGGGCCAAAUGCAGGACCCUUUGCGAACGAGUUCCAUUGGGGGCUCAAUCGAGCGAAGCAGUUCGUCCCUACGGAAGCUGUUUUCUGUCAGAUUCCUGCACUGCUACAUGACGGAGGGCAGGAGUAUGACUGGGCUGUCGUCGCUGAGGCAUAUGGUAUGCAACUGCGGCAGUUUCUUCAGCAGGUUCAAGGCAUACGGCAGCAGUUAGCCACCAUCCUUCCACCCAAUUUUUCGUUCCAGCAUUUACGGAGACGAGCAGACGUACCAGCGUCAUAGACAUUUUACGAGUGGAUCUGACUCGUGCCUUUCACACACUUGGUCAUCGGUUUCAGAGUAUUUAACAUUUAGACACGGUCCCCUAGACGUUAUAUUUUGUUCUUCAUAAUUUCGACUUAGGACGUUCUAGUUCUCGUGCUUCUUUACCCAAUGCUCCCUCAGUAACAAGUUGCCUCAUCUCCUCGUCAGACAGU